GGAGGAAGAGGAGGAAGAGGAAGAAGAGGAAGAAGAGGAAGAGGAAGAGGAAGACAUCCCGCUCUCUGAUCUCUCGGAAGACGAAAGAGAAGACGUUGUACCACACCAACGUCUCACGAUCAACAACUCCGCCGCAAUCAACGCCUCCCUCAAGCGCAUCUCCUUCAUCACACCCAAGACCCUAUUCUCCGAGCACAACUCGCUAGUCUCGCAAGAACCGAUCGAAGUCCCCGACCCUAACGAUGACUUGGCUCGCGAGCUGGCCUUCUACAAGGUUUGUCAGGCGGCUGCUUCGACGGCGCGUGGACUACUCAAGAAGGAGGGUAUUCCGUUCACUCGGCCCGGAGACUACUUUGCUGAGAUGGUUAAGACGGAUGAGCACAUGGGCAAGAUCAAGAAGAAGCUGUAUGAUGAAGCGGCGGGCAAGAAGGCAGCUGCGGAGGCUCGUAAGCAGCGCGAUCUGAAGAAGUUCGGAAAGCAGGUCCAGGUCGCGAAGUUGCAGCAGCGCGCGAAGGAGAAGCGUGAGACUUUGGAGAAGAUCAAUGAUCUGAAGAAGAAGCGCAAGGCCAACCCCUCCGGCCCUACAGACAACGACAACGACAUGUUCGACAUCGCCAUCGAUAACUCCGAGUCCAAGGGCCGCAAGCGUGGUCGUGAGGAUGGUGGCGGUCCCAAUCUGAAGCGCCAGAAGAAGAACGAGAAGUACGGCUUCGGCGGCAAGAAGCGCCACGCCAAGAGCGGUGAUGCUAUGUCCAGCGGAGACCUGCGCAGUUUCUCGGUAAAGAAGAUGAAGGGAGGUGCUAAGAGACCUGGCAAAAGCAAGAGAGCUGCCGCCAAGGGACGGGCGUGAUUGAAUUUUUUUUGUUCUUAAUUUUGCUUGUAUGGGAUGUAAAAGUUGGCUUUAUGGGGUUUCAAAAGAGUAGUGUCGAUUUUCUCUUAGACUCUGGAUCGGGGUUAUCGUGGGAUUGUUCCGCGAAUCCCAGGUCUGCUUUAUGUGUACAUUGAAAUAAUCUGGAUGACCUUGUCCACAGCAGCUGGCUCCUUAUCCUGCUACAAUUUAAGUACUUGACUUAGGGCUCCAAGUACUCGCUGCCAGGUCGCCAUAUCAACUGCCAUACCAACACUCCGACGGGCCUAAAACUGCAGUGACGGCCAUGGAUGCACAAUAAGCUUACCAACGCUUCGAUGACCCUAAAAUUGCAGUGCUGAGGCUCUU